AACUCAUAACCAAUUAGACAUAAACCAAUGGCUGCGUGGCAAGGAAACAUGCUUACCUCCCACGUCGCAGCAGAUAGUGUUUCACCGGAUUCACUCUCUUUUAGCGGCCUUGUUUCUAUCCAAGGGCAAUCAAUGCUCCCUUCUCCUAACCAUGCCAAAUACUACCAGGAAAGCAAGCAAAACCCAGAAUUUGAAUUUAGCAGCACUAAACCAGACUUAAAUUCCACAGUCGACGCAAUCAAGAUUAUACCUGCUGAUCUUCUUAUUUCCAAUGGUCAACUUCAACCACAAGCAUUUUCAAGUCAGUCUUUGAUCAGAAAUCAAUCUAGUUCUUUAGGCUCAUUACUAGCAACUCAUAGCAGUAGUAAGAUGUCAAGUGGGAAAACAGGCAGCGUAAUGAAACAUCAGGAACAACAUAGCAAAGCAAGCAGACAUAAAACCAACGAAAGCACCACAAGGAGAAGAUUUGGCCAAAAAAUGAAAUGCUUUCUUUCACCAUGCCGAGACUCGCAAGCCAUUAAGCCAACUGUUGCUAAAGCACAAACCAUUCCAGAAAUUUGAUGAUACAAGGUUUAUUCCCUGUGGAAUUCUUUCUUCAAAGAACAGAGAAUGGCAUCAAGUAUUUGGCCUUACAUAGCUAUGUAGUUUCUCAGAAGAAUAAAUGUGACACUAUAUGAUCUAACAUCAGUUACUGCAGUAAUGUCAUCACAAUAAUUAACAUUAAACUACUGAUAUUUUCU